AUGGCUGAUCCCGCAAAGACGAAUAAGGUUCGUUUUGAGCAACUCGAAGGAGCUGUGUUGGAAUUACGCCGCGGUAUGCAAACCAUGCAGGAGACUAGCGUGACCACCCAGACUCUUCUCCAAGAGUUGGCUUCCCGCUCCUCGGUUCGGACUUCACAUCGUCGCCGUAAGGGGUCGAACCACCACUCACCCAAGGCUAGUCCACCAUCAUCCCCACGUUCUACUAGUUCCCGGAGUUUCACCACUGGCGAAUCCGAUAAAGGCGAGAGCGACGAUUCCCGUUUCUCUCAAGCGUCAGCGACAGGAACUGAAGAUGGUCCUACCGCAGCUCCAGACAGGACUUUACGCAUGCAUUUUCGCGUGAAGCUUGAUUUUCCUCGUUUUGCAGGUGAGGACCCCAUUGUCUGGCUUGACCGAGCUAAACAAUAUUUUGCAACUCAGGAAAUUCAGGGCAGGAAGAAGGUGCUGCUCGCUUCCUACCAUCUUGAGGGUGAAGCAAACCAAUGGUGGCAAUGGUAUAACCGGUCUCAUGACGGGAAGACUAUCUCGUGGCAUAAGUUUGAGAAAGGCAUUUUGCGCCGCUUUGGACCUACGGACUUCGAAGACUAUGACGAGGCGCUUAGCAAAAUUAAACAGCAGGGCACUUUCCGUGACUAUCAACAAGAAUUCGAACGCUGGGCUAACCGAGUGACUGGCUGGCCAAAGAAAGCAUUGUUAGGUGCUUUUAUGGGCGGAUUGAAGGACGACAUUGCAACUGAGGUUCGCAUGUUUCGGCCUAAAGGAUUGAAGAGUGCUAUCGACCUAGCCAAACGUCAGGAUGAGAAACUACAGAGGCUCCGCAAAUCGUCUAGCAGUGUUCCCUCCAACACUAGACGUAUGGGCGUGCCUGGCCCCACCAACUCCACUGCUCCGUUGCCCGCUGCUAAGCCUUUACCUGUUAAUGCCAUGAAACGCUUAACAUUCGACGAGAUGCGAAUUCGACGCGAGAAAAACCUCUGUUUUAACUGCGACGAGAAGUUUAUUCCUAGGCAUCGCUGUCUGGCUCAGUCAUGCUUCAUCGAAGCUGAUACUCCACUUGUCGUGGAAGAGAUUUAUGAGGAAGAAACGUUGCCUCCUGAAACGCCAUCAGACCCCCUUAUUUCUCUCCAUGCACUGUCAGGCAGUCUGGGCAAUCGCACUAUGCGAGUCCGCGCCAUGGUUAACAAGCAGGAAAUUAAUGCUUUGAUCGACGGAGGGUCUAGCCAUAAUUUUAUUAAUCAAGCAGUGGUCAAUCGCUUAAAUCUCGCAGUUACACCUAUCACUCCAUUUUACGUCCGAGUUGCUAGUGGGGAAAAACUCGCUUGUCAAGCUAAGUAUGAGAGGGUACCUAUAUGCAUUCAAGGAUUUUCUUUCGAGACAACGUUAUUUGCCUUACCUAUUCGGGGUUUGGAUCUCGUUCUGGGCUAUCAAUGGCUGGAAGGCUUGGGAUGUGUGGUUCAUGAUUAUGCCCGUCGCUCAAUGGAAUUCACUGUGAACGCUUGCAAAUUCGUUAUUCAGGCCGAACCAAUAGGUCCUUCUUUAGUUGUUGACGUUAACUCUUUGAUGCAGGAAUGGAGGCACGGCGCCGAAUUAUUUUGCUUGGCGGCGAUUGAGAGCGAUUCCGCACUUCCAGUAGAUUUCACUACAAAUUUAGCCCUUGAUAUUCGGGCUAUUUUAUUGGAACAUCAGCAGGUGUUAUCCACUCCGAAGGCAUUACCGCCCUCACGAAGGUUUGACCAUCGCAUUUUGCUGAAGAAUGAAUCCGCACCUAUCAAUGUAGCGCCUUACCGAUAUGCCCACUUUCAAAAAAAUGAAAUUGAACGCCAAGUAGAGGAGAUGUUAUCGACAGGAUUGAUCCGUCCCAGUACUAGUCCCUUCUCAUCGCCAGUUUUGUUGGUUAAAAAAAAAGAUGGUACUUGGCGCUUUUGUACUGAUUAUCGCGCCUUGAAUGAGGCUACUAUCAAAGACAGAUUUCCAAUUCCUACUAUCGAAGAUAUGCUCGAUGAAUUAUUUGGCGCAACAUACUUUUCUAAAUUGGAUCUUAGGGCGGGUUACCACCAAAUUCGCGUUCAUCCGAAUGAUAUCCAUAAGACGGCAUUCCGCACGCACCAUGGACACUUUGAGUAUUUGGUGAUGCCUUUCGGACUGUGCAACGCGCCAUCGACAUUUCAGGCGGCAAUGAACUCUAUUUUUAAGGUGCAUUUACGUCACUUUAUUCUUGUAUUUUUUGAUGAUAUUUUGAUUUUCAGUAAAUCUUGGCCGGAUCAUCUAUUACAUCUGCGGACUACUCUGGGAAUAUUGGACGAGCAUUCCUUUUACAUCAAACCAUCCAAGUGUAUUUUCGGCCAACAGGAGGUGGAAUACCUCGGCCAUAUUAUUACUUCGGCAGGCGUACGGGUCGACUCUCGUAAAGUGGAUGCUAUGCUUCGUUGGCCUCAACCCAAAACUAUCACUGCACUACGGGGGUUCCUUGGUCUCACUGGGUAUUACCGCAAAUUCGUGCGAAACUACGGCCUCAUUGCACGUCCAUUAACCUAG